CCAGUUCCAAGAUGGCGAAGAGGAAGUAAAAAGUACCGGAAAGUCGGUUCCAAAAGUUGAAGGAAGUUUUCUGGGGACAUCCAUGAAGAAAGUGUUCCUAUAAUGCUGAUGUAGCUGAAACCUGUGUGAGUCAUGGCUGACGGCCAGGGGGCGGCUGGAUGCUCAGGUGAAACUGCAGAGUCCAGCUCAGUUCUCCUGGUGAGUGGCCAGUAUGCCACAUCUGAGGACUGCAGUUCCCCCGUCAGCCGACAGGUGGCCCAGACCCUAAGAGGAGCAGGGUGGAAAGUUUACAGUACUGUUUUGGAAGAUACAGAGGAGGACAGAAAGUGUGCUGAGGCUGAUGGAGUGGAGCUCAUCCUCCCAACCCGCAGUCAGGGAGACACAAGGGAACCCUGUCUGGAUUGGCUGACCUUUGACCAUGUGGAUCGCUACCCCAAUGACAGACUUCCACAGGAUGUAGGGUGGAUUGUGGGUCAUGCUGGGGUCACCAGCAGAGCAGCAGCAACUAUCAAGGAACAGCGUUUCCCCCAAGCAAGCCUCAGUCUUGUCACCCAGGCUAUACCUGAAGACACAGAGAAGUACAAGGAAGAUGAGAAGGCCAUGGGCAUCGGUGAGAAGGAAGACUCCAUCAGACAAGAUGCAGAGAAGGCAGAUACUGUGUUCUCUGUGGGACACAGAGCACACGACCACUUUACAAUCUCAUUUUGUGCAAUUCCUGAUGAAGACAAGAAGCCAGCUCACUACCUCUUCCUGCCCAAACCAUCAGACUUGUUCCUGAACACUACAGUUAAGCAUGUGAAAACCAGUCAGAAAGUUGUCCUAUUAAUUGGUAGGGUGACCACAGAUGAGAGGGUGAAAGGCUUUGACUUGGCAGCUAAGGUCUUGUCAAAAGUGGUAGAAAAGAAUCAGGACAGAAUCAAGUUGCGGAUUUGUGGUGUCAGUGAAGAGGAGUAUCAGGCCAGUAUGGACAUUCUCCAAACCAGCAUCAACUCAGGAAAACUGAUCCCCACCCUUCUCCCACACGGCACCCAGGAAGACGUCUGCCGAGACAUGAAGCAGGCCCACCUGGUUCUCAUGCCCUCCCGUGCAGAACCCUUCGGACUGGUCGGUCUGGAGGCCAUGGCGGCCGGCGUACCGGUCCUCAUAUCUGACCAAUCAGGACUGGCGGACUUGGUCAAGAAGGUUAUACCAGAAUUCCACCACUCUGUUCUCAGAAUCACGGGUGACGAUUCUGUAGAUGUCGGACGUUGGGCAGAUCAGAUUGCGGAUGUUCUGCGGAUGUCAGAAGCCGAGUUCCGUCGGGCUGCAGAACUCAAGAAGAAACUCCUGGAGUCCAAAUACUGGGAAGAGUCUCAUCAGCAAUUCCUUCAGGCAUUUGGAUGUGCAGGUCACGUUUCUGAAGUCCAGAAGGGAAAGAGCGGUGCAACUCUUACCGGGGAAACAGCCACUGAUGGAGGGUCAAGGAAUCCCUCGGAACCAGGUUCACCCCGAGCCUCUAGCAGCCAGCUGAAGAGGAAGAGAAAGAGGAAAAGGCAGCUUCCAGUGAAGAAGAAAGCAACUCCUUCUAGACAGUCAGAUUUGUUCCAGAAGUCUGUCAAGAGGCGCUAUGAGUUGAAACUGACUCACUUCAAGCCUCUGAUCUGGAAUGACAACUUCACACUUAGCCUCACUGACAUCUUCACCCAGUUAGAGAUGAUACCAACAAGUGAAAAACAACUCAAAAUGCCCAGACCCAAAGACUUUUCCUGGUUAUUAUCAGAGCAAGGACAACAAAGAAAAGAGCUUAAGUCAUUAGACGACUUGUUCAAGCCAGAUGUCACAGGACUGUCUACAGCACCAAGGUGCAUUCUGAUUGAGGGUGAAGCUGGAGGGGGGAAGACAACGUUUCUGUCCAAAGAAGCCCUAGAUGCCGUCUCACAGAAAACAGAGCUGGGCAGACGGCACGACAUCGUCCUGUUGAUCCGACUCCGGGAGGUGAGAGAGGGGGAGACCAUAGAGGAGAUGGUGUGGGACCAGUGUGUUGAUGAAACAACUGAAGGUAUUGAAGCACAGUCCAUUAGAACAAUCCUACAGAGGAACAAGUCCCGUGUGCUCUUCCUCCUAGAUGGGUAUGAUGAGCUGCGGCCUGAGGCCAGGGCAGUCGGGCAGGCCAUUCCCAAACUGCUGUCUGGCAAGAUGUACCCCAACAGCACGAUUGUGAUCACCUCCCGACCCUCAGCAGGAGUGCAGCAGUACACCCGGCCAGACUGUCACGUACACAUCAUGGGCUUCUCACCUAAGCAUAUGGUGGAAUAUGUGCGGGAAUAUUUCAUCAUUACAAAAAAUCCGGAGGUGGGAGAGGAGUUUAUUAGGCAAUAUUUCAUAAUGCUAGGUGCUGAUCACGUAUUUCUUAAAAACCAGGAACCCUUAGGCAGCCUCAUCCAAAUCCCAAUGUUCCUGAUGUUUGUGUGUCUGCUGUGGGAGGAGGACCAAGAGAUAGUGUCUACUGGAACAAUGAUGGGGCUGUAUGACAACCUGCUGACAUGUCUGGUCAGAAAGUGCUGUAAGCGGGAAGGAGUGGACAUGCCAACAGAAGGGCUGCCUACAGAGGUUGCUGAGUCAUUACUGCAGCUCGGCAAGCUUGCACUAGAGGCAUUGCUGAGGAAUGAGACCCUGCUUGACCUUACAGAAGUAAAGAGACAAAAGGUUAAUUGGGAGUUACUGUUAAAGCUGGGUGUGGUCUCCUUGGAGGUUUCUUCCUCAAAAUUGCAUCCUAGGAAACAGCUGAACUUUUCACACAAGACCAUGCAAGAGUUCCUGGCCGGACGAUAUGUAGCUCAUGCUCAAGUGAACCAAGACAUUGUUGAGCUGCUGCAGCUCACCUCCAUAAGCAAGGCACUUGAACUCAGUAACCUGCUUCAGUUCACAUGUGGCUGUGACUCACAGGCAGCACAAGCUGUGAUGGAGGAACUAAUCAAGCUCAGCAGCAAGGAGUUUUCACAUUUACGACCAGGUGACUUUCAGGAGGAUUUCCACCUACCUGUAAAGCCAAAUGUGAAGACAUCCAUUGAAACUUACAAGAGGUUCAUGUUGCUGUGCCUGAAUAUCCUGAAUGAGAGAAAGGAGCUGGGUGUACUGCAGGCUGUCAGCAGAGCCCUGCCAGUUAUCAUUUUGGACCUUGACAAUCGCAAUAAACAACAUGCUGCUCUGCAGUAUUACUUAGAAAACAUCCAGUCAUCACAUCUCCCUGGUAGAAUGAUACUAGAAUCAUCUCUUGUUGAUACAUCAGAAGCUCUUCAGGGCCUGGAACAGAUUUUCACCUCACGUGUUCCCGGCCUGCAGUUAGACCUAAGACUGUACAAUGUAGCAUGUCAGUUUUUUAAUUUUAACUCACCUGAUCUGACAGCCAGGCUGGUUUCAGUUCUGAAGAAUGUUCCCUGUCUGAGGGCACUGGAUAUGUCAGGCACGGACCUAACACCAUCAUCACUCCAGCCACUUGUGCAGGGGUUCAGACACAUGUCUCUGUUAGAGGAGCUGGAUCUUUCUGAGAACCGUGACCUUGGUGAUGCUGGGAUGGAAGUCCUACAGGUUGGGCUGUCCAGAGUUCCACACCUGGCUGUACUCCGUCUUAGGGUAGUCAGCAUGACAGCUGUGGGCAUGUCAUCCCUGGCUCCCUACAUGCACCACCUAGUGGGACUGAGAGAACUGGAUAUAAGUUAUAAUAAGAUUGGUGACACUGGGCUGGAAUCUCUCACCACCGUCCUCCACACCUUCACUGCCAUGCAGGUGUUGGGCCUGUGUGCCACCGGUAUCAGUCCCACAGGCAUGCACACACUGGUCCCUGCACUGUGUAAGUUAACCAGACUGAUCAAACUGGACAUUAAUGAUAAUGCCAUAGGAGACCCCGGGCUGGAAUGCCUGGCUGCUAUCCUCCACCACCUCACAGCCAUGAAGGUGUUGGUUCUCAGUGUGACAGAUAUCAGUGACAAGGGAAUAUCAUCCCUGAUCAAAGCUCUGCCUCACCUGGUGCAAUUACAGGUGUUGGAUGUGAGGUGGAAUAACAUAGGAGACUCAGGGAUUGUCUCACUGGUGCAAACACUCUGCCAGCCCAGCAGUUUGGACAUGGAACAAAACCCACCUGGUGACAAGAGUCUGACCACACUACAGGAGCUGCACAUCGGGGGGAAUGAGGGAGUAACAGGAGCCGGACUGGGGAGGGUCGCACAGGUCAUCAGCACACUGCCGGCACUGACCAGGCUUGACAUGUCUGGUCACCGGGACACACCUGCACACCUGUCUGACACCGCUGCCAUGGAUCUGGCCGAGGCUCUACCCAGACUCCCUGCCCUGGAGCAGCUGGACCUGUGCAACAUCUCCAUGGAGCCUGCAGGGUUCCAGGCUGUGGUGCAGGCUGCUGAGGAACACCCAACCAUGGGGAGGCUGAUGUGA